UGGUUCGUACUUGGCUGAGUUCCUGCUGGAGAAAGGCUAUGAGGUUCAUGGAAUUGUACGGAGAUCCAGUUCAUUCAAUACUGGCCGAAUUGAACAUCUAUAUAAGAACCCCCAGGCUCAUAUUGAAGGAAACAUGAAGUUGCACUACGGUGAUCUCACUGACAGCACUUGCCUGGUGAAGAUCAUCAAUGAAGUUAAGCCCACUGAGAUCUACAAUCUCGGGGCCCAGAGCCACGUCAAAAUUUCGUUUGACCUGGCCGAAUACACUGCGGAUGUCGAUGGAGUUGGCACUUUAAGGCUUCUGGAUGCAGUUAAGACCUGUGGCCUUAUCAAUUCUGUCAAGUUCUAUCAAGCUUCAACAAGUGAACUUUAUGGGAAAGUGCAAGAAAUACCCCAGAAGGAGACCACUCCCUUUUACCCUCGGUCCCCAUACGGGGCAGCGAAACUGUAUGCCUACUGGAUCGUGGUGAAUUUCCGUGAGGCAUAUAAUCUCUUCGCCGUGAAUGGUAUUCUCUUCAACCACGAGAGUCCUAGAAGAGGAGCUAAUUUUGUUACUCGAAAAAUUAGCCGGUCAGUAGCUAAGAUUUACCUUGGACAACUGGAAUGUUUCAGUUUGGGAAAUCUGGAUGCCAAACGAGACUGGGGCCACGCCAAGGACUAUGUAGAGGCUAUGUGGCUGAUGCUGCAGACUGAUGAGCCAGAGGAUUUUGUCAUAGCUACUGGGGAAGUCCACAGUGUCCGGGAGUUUGUAGAGAAGUCUUUUUUGCACAUUGGAAAAACCAUUGUGUGGGAAGGAAAGAAUGAAAAUGAAGUGGGCAGAUGUAAAGAGACCGGCAAAGUUCACGUGACUGUGGACCUCAAAUACUACCGACCAACUGAAGUGUGCUGCCCUUACAGCCAUCAUGUACAUCUGGAAAUUCAAAGCAAUGUGAAUUCAAAGAAGAGCUCUGAGAAGACUGUGAAGGUGGUAGAUCCUCUGUCAGGAAGGUCUCUGCUGCAGCCAGCAGAAAAAUUCAACUGUAGGCAGCAGGCCACAUCGCCACUAUUUUCAUACUUAGACCAAUAAAAGGCAGCUCUUUUGCAAAAAUGAUUUGUUUAAAAUUGUUAAUAGUCACAGUGUUUUGUUAUUUGGAGGUAGUAAUUAGCUGGACUACCUGUGAGUUACAGUGUUACAAAGCUAACAGAUCUGAAAACCCUCAGUGCUAGAUGACUUUGCAUUUUUAUCCAGGAGGCAACAGCAUACUUUCCCUGUGUGAAGGAAAAUGUCCUCGUAUAUUCUUAACAUGUGUUCAAAACAACUUCUUAUUAGAGCAGUGAGGAGUCAGGGCUCAGCAGACCUGAUUCUUAUUCUGUGUUUUCUCCCGUAAACCCUGCAGCACUGUGUUGCUAGUUACGAGAUGACGCCGGGCCAGGAGCCGCCUCCCUGGUCUUGGAAAAUGACCCUAGAGCCUCCUGCGCCGC